AUGAAAGAAGAAUUGAACGAACUGAUGAUCGAGCAAUCACCGUUUUGUGAUGCUACAACUCUGGAGCCGACACCAUUUCGUGAUGGCACAACACUGGAACCUUCUUCUUCUCGCCUUCAGGAGGGGAUGUAUGAAGUUAGCUUCUCAGACAGGGAAAAGCAUACUCCUUGUCAACAGCAGUACUACUAUGUGCAAGCAAUCGAAUGUCGAUCACCAAAACAGCACUCAGAGCACGAAAACGAGCAGGCCUCAUGGAUGGCGACAGUGGACCGCGUCAUCAGAAGCAUAUCCCCUGACGAUUUCUCCUUUGAAACAGAUCAGAAUCAAGUUUCAUCCUCAUCUUUGCUGAGUUCACCAAGAACAGUCCAAGCUUGGAGCGAAAGUCCACUUGUAUACCGACCACCACGACGAAAGAGAGUAAAGCAUGACCAUAACUUAGCCAUCAUUGAUACUCCUCCAACGAAUGACUUCAGGAGUGACGAUGAUAAUCUCAAGCCACGAUAUAGAUCCUAUCAACAGGUUCAGUGGGAUCAGCAAUAUCAGGAAUUGCUCAAGUUCCAAGAGCGGCACGGCCAUUGCAUUGUCCCACAUACCUACGACCCCAAUCCUUCUCUCGCUCGUUGGGCCAAGCGUCAGCGGUACCAGUACGUACAGAAACUAGAACACAAAAAGUCGGGCAUGUCAAAUGCUCGGCAGCGAAAGCUCGAUGCCGUGGGGUUCGUAUGGGACCUUCAGAUGACGGCAUGGCGGCAGCACUUCAAUGACCUCGUGGACUACAAACAAAAGCAUGGCGAUUGUAACGUUCCCAGUCGGUAUACUGAGAAUCCGCCUCUUGGCAUGUGGGCCAAGUGCCAACGUCGACAAUAUAGGCUCUAUUGCUCCAACCAACCCUCGCGCCUGACAUCAGAGCGCUUUCAGCUCUUGAAAAACUUGGGAUUAUUCGCACAGGCAGAGGAGCCCCUUCUCUUGGGCAAUGUAACGAAAAAGAGAAAAGUGAUGGCGGUCAAACGCCAUGUCUCGAGUGGUGGAGCAAGAUUUUCAAUUUGCAAUAGCGCGUUCGCUCUUGAAUGCUUAUAA